UUCAUUUUCGUUUUGAUUAUGAGUUGUUUUCCUCGUUUUCGUUCUCAAAUCCCUCGCCAUCUCAGCAUCGUUCUCUUCAGAGCUCCCUUCGAGGGAUUCGAGGGCGGCCGGCCGGCGGCGAAGCCAUGGAUUUGGAUCUAUGGAUAUCAAAGGUCAAGGAUGGGCAGCAUCUCAUGGAGGACGAGCUUCAGCUCCUCUGCGAAUACGUCAAGGAGAUUCUUAUUGAAGAAUCAAAUGUCCAACCGGUUAAUAGCCCUGUCACUGUAUGUGGUGACAUCCAUGGGCAGUUCCAUGAUCUAAUGAAACUAUUCCAAACUGGAGGUCACGUUCCUGAGACAAACUACAUUUUUAUGGGUGAUUUUGUGGAUCGUGGAUAUAACAGUCUGGAAGUUUUUACAAUUCUCUUGCUUCUGAAAGCCAGAUACCCGUCAAAUAUAACUCUUUUGCGGGGGAAUCAUGAAAGUAGGCAAUUAACACAGGUUUAUGGUUUUUAUGAUGAGUGCCAGAGGAAAUACGGCAAUGCUAACGCAUGGCGAUACUGUACAGAUGUUUUUGACUACCUUACAUUGUCAGCAAUCAUAGAUGGAACUGUUCUCUGUGUCCAUGGUGGUCUUUCUCCUGAUAUACGAUCAAUUGAUCAGAUGAGAGUUAUCGACCGGAACUGUGAAAUUCCUCACGAGGGCCCCUUCUGUGAUCUAAUGUGGAGCGACCCUGAAGAGAUUGAAACUUGGGCUGUUAGCCCUCGUGGUGCAGGAUGGCUUUUCGGGUCAAGGGUGACCUCAGAGUUCAACCAUAUAAACAAGCUCGAUCUCGUCUGCCGAGCACACCAGCUCGUCCAGGAGGGUCUAAAGUACAUGUUUCAAGACAAAGGCCUCGUCACUGUGUGGUCUGCGCCCAAUUAUUGUUACAGAUGUGGAAACGUUGCUUCUAUUCUAAGCUUUAACGAGAAUAUGGAAAGAGAGGUCAAGUUCUUCACCGAAACAGAGGAAAACAACCAAAUGAGAGGACCAAGAACAGGAGUACCAUAUUUUUUAUGAAGUCAAGGAAGCUUCAUCUUCCACUUUUGGUAACUGCAUGCAAGGAUCCAAUCUUUACAUCAUGCAGUAAACUUGUAGAUUCCUCUGUAUUGUUGUUAGACCAACAAAACUAUCAGCCUAUCUGAUGAUUUAUGAAUGGGAAUUGGAAUUCUGUUUUUUUCCCCUCCCCUUUUCUUUUA